AUGCGUACAAAGGAGACUGCAUUCGUGACAGCGGCUUGGGCCGCUGGGGCAGUUCAGGCGGUUACACGAGCCUGUAGUCGAGGGCGAAUUAGUACUUGUGAUUGUGAUGCCACUCGAAGAGGUGGUUUAAAGGCUGCGGACACUGAGGGCCCUUUUACUUGGGGUGGUUGCAGCGAUCCCAUUCGUUUCGGAAUGCGGCUGGUACGUCUCUUCCAGGAGCCGCGUCUGCCUGCGCCAAAGGAUAAAAGCAGGAGAAAGAAACGACGAAGCAAAUACAAUGUAAAUGGUGCUGAAAACGAUACUAUCAUAGAUGUUGAUGAUAGCCGAAUCUUGGUGGAUAUUCACAAUCAAAGAGUUGGUAGAAGAAUAUGCGCCCUGGGUGCUAUUCAUAUAAUUCCACUUGAAUUUUCAAAUCUCUACGGCUAA